UCAACGCACUCUUCUCAUUCAUAUGGACGGAUCACUCCUCACAGAAUUCCGGUUUAAUUUCGAUACACAAAGUUAACCAGUGGAUUACACUGGACCAUGUUGGGCUUCGUGGGAUUGGCCAUCUGUGCCAUUCUACCGAUAUGUUUGGCUGGACAAGGUGACCCAGAACGCCACUCGCUGUACUAUGUGUACACAGCCCUGUCAAAGGCUGUCAAUGCACCAGGCAUCUUUGAAUUCACUGCCAUGGGCCUACUGGAUGACAGAAAGAUUGAUUACUAUGACAGCAAACACCAAGUCAAGAUUCCCCAACAGGACUGGAUGAGAGAAAAGCUUCCACCAGACUACUGGGAAAAGGGCACCCAGUCACGUAAAAGCAAAGAGCAAUGGUUCAAAGUCAAUGUCAACAUUCUGAUGGAACGCAUGAGACAGAAUCAAUCUGAUAUUCAUGUCCUCAUGUGGAAACAUGGAUGUGAGAUUGACAGAAGUGCAGACGGUGCUGUCAAGUUUGUUCGCGGUGUUGAUGCAUACAGCUAUGAUGGCAAUGAUUUCCUUUCCUUUGAUGAUGCAUCAAUGCAGUGGGUUGCCCCAGUUACUGAAGCUGUACCCACAAAACAGAAGUGGGAUGGGGUUCCCAUCCUGAAUCAGUACACCAAGGGCUACCUGGAGAAGGAGUGUGUGGAAAAAUUCAGAGAAUAUGGAGACAAAGAAUUAAAACACCAAACAACAGCUUCUCCACCAAAGGUUCGUCUUUUUGCUAAAGCAGCCGGAUCUUCAAAUACACUCAAGUUGACCUGCAUGGCCACAGGUUUCUACCCCAAAGACAUUGACAUCACCAUUCUGAAAGGAAAGGAAGUUAUGAAGAAAGGUGAUUUAAGGGAUGUCUUGCCCAAUGGCGAUGGAACCCAUCAGAUCAAACUGAUUGUGGAGACCCAAAGGUCAGACAUUGAUGAUUAUACCUGUGAGGUGAACCAUAUAGGCCUGGAAGAACCAAUUAUAAAAGUUUGGACCUUGGAUGGAGAAGGAGUGUGUGAUGAAACCUCCUCACUCUUGAUUGGAGUGCUAUUGGGAGUACUGGCAGUGCUGAUAAUGGGGAUCUUGGUGUUCACUGCUUAUAGAAGAUACAUUUUUGAGACACGGACAACGGCCCAAAAAACAGACCUGGGCCCUCCACCAGCAGUGGUGCUUGCAUCAGUGAUGGGCAACAAUAACACACCUUUGUUGAGCAAUGGACAAGGUAGAGGAAGUCCUGAAGGAUAAACCAACUGAAAAAUGAAACAUUAACAUGAACGAUAAACAUUUUUACUUUUCAUUUAAUGUAGUAUAUUUAUUAAACAUAUUGAAGCCAUCUAUUCAAAUACUGUAAAGGCUGGAUGCAGCUGCAUGUGAAUAUAUUUUUCCCCUUGAUUUUUAUAUGGGUUGGCCUGACUAUGGACAUCAAACAGAUCAAGGUCAGUGCCCACCACACCUUUCUGUACCCCCCGCACAAUUGACAGUAAAUAUCUUGAGAUAUUGUCUCUAUUUGGAAAGCCACCAGCCACUCAAGAGCAGACAUCUACAUUAAGAUACACCAUCAUAUCAGCUGUGCCUGUGCUGGUGGGGGUUUUGCAAAGUCUUUGCAAAAGUCUUCAAAUCCCCUGUGGGGAAAUUUCCAGUAGCUAAAUAUCAGCUGUUAAAUGUCUGCUCGGAACUGAGUAUAAAAAUAGAUGUUAAAAGAAGGAUCUCAGUUAUUUUGUUGUUCUCUUCUCCCUGAUCUUUGAAGACACUCUCCCUUAGGAGUCUGGAGGUGAUUCCCUUGUCCAUGACCUCUGAGGAUUUAAUCCCUCAAUAGCCUGCUAAGUCCUAUAAAUAAUGGGAAGGCUUUGUUUAGGACUGACUUGUCAUGCUCGCCUAGGAUGCUUGUGUGUUUGUAACCUGUCCCCGGCGUUGUGAAUAAAGCUUUGUACACUACCAUACA